CAGAGCAUGUUUCCUCCCAACUGCCCUUAUAAAAGGCAGAGGGAGGUUGGGGUGGUCUGAAAGGAACCUGGCCCUCUCCUCCUGCACCCCAGCUCUAGGUCCUGAACUGCUUCUCCGGCACAUGGCAGGCCUUGCGACCCUUGGGGCUAGCCUCCUGCUUCUGACCCUAUGUGCCCACCGCAUUGACCCUGCAGGCUCUGUGCCCAUCCCCUCUUCCUGCUGCAUAUCCUUCAUAUCCAAGAAAGUUCCUCAGAACCGAGUGGUUAGCUACCAGCUGUCCAGUGCGAGUGUCUGCCCUGUGGCAGGAGUGAUCUUCACUACCAGGAAAGGCCAGAAGUUCUGUGGCGACCCCAGGCAUUCCUGGGUCCAGAAGUACAUGAAGAAGCUGGAUGUCAGGCAGAAGACGGCGUCCCCUGGGGUCAGGGCAAUGAGCACCAAAGCUCCAGUGCAGGGGAACCCUGGCAACACCACGUCCAUCUAACUGCCCCCUGGCCCUCCGCCUGGGGCCCAUGAGCCAGCGGUAAGAGGGGGAGAGCGAAUGUUCCUGUUUCCUAACAUCAGUCUGUAAAACGAAACCCGAGGCAGGGGAGGCUGAGCAACCACUCCAAGCGUCCUGGGCCCCUUGCCUUCCCUGAGCUGGAGGAGAAGAUUCUGGAAGGAAGGGGGUAGGCUUUCUCUGCUUCCCAGGCUCCAUCAGAACCCAGGGGCAUGAGGCCCGACCUGCAGACACACUUGGCCGGCACCUAAAAACUUAGCCUGUAGCUGGCUUCUGUGGGUCCUCUGGGCUUGUGGGACCCUGCGGGCUGACUGUCUGUCUGUCUGUCUGGGUACGGGCAACCUGUCGACAGCUGCAGCUCGUCAUCACAUUGCCGAUGCCCCCAGCUUGUCCCACUUCCAGAAACCCAGAUGAAUAAAAAUCCGAGAAAAUACGGGGCUCCUUUGCCGUAGGCGCCGCCAGAUCCCAGCCUUCCUUGCACGAGUCUCACAAGCUGUACGUAAUGAAGUUUUUAGGGACUCAUUGCCUUUUGUAAUAAAACGGUCCUGGAGGAUCAAUUCCUUUGGGAAGAUAAGGUUUGGAGGAGGUGGUCCGCUUUGUGGAAUGGCCUGCUCUGUGCUGCUUUAGGGACAAAGACCUGCUAUGCCUUUAAAGCUGGUCUUUCCCUACAUUUGAGGAUGGGAAGACGGAGUGGGGACUGUAGGGGGAGAGGGAUUCCAGGGUUUUUUUGUUUUUUUCCCCCUAUGUAUGAGAUACCAUGUGAUGGAGAUGUCAAGAGUGUGGAAAGACUUGCUCUUCUCAAAUAACGAUCCAAGUAAAAUGUGAUUUCCCUUUGAAGGUGA